AUUAAAACAAAAAAAUAUAUAUAGUAAAGUUACAAUCUACAAGAAGUACAUUAAAACAAAAUGAAACUUAUCUUUAUGUUAUAUUUUUAUUUAUCUUUGCUCUUGUGUAAUGUCCAAAACGCUUUACUUUUAGAACAACGUAUCAUUGGUGGUCAAGUUGCUCGGGCAGGACAAUUUCCAUUUUCAGCAGCAAUUUACAAAAGCACACUUGAUGGCAAUUAUUUCUGUGGUGGGGCGCUUCUGACAACUCAAUGGAUUAUAACAGCCGGCCAAUGUGUUGACGGAGCUAUUUUAUUUACAAUCUAUUUGGGGACAAACAAUAUUGAAACACCAGGAUCAACCAGUGUUAGACUGGCAACAGACGAAUAUGUACUCCAUCCAGAGUUUAACCCUCUAACUUUGGAAAAUGACAUUGGUUUGAUAAAACUUCGCAUGGCAGUGGAACGCACAGACUACAUUUUACCGAUAUCAAAUUUGCCUUCAAGUAACUUGCCGGCAAGUGCGGGUGCUCUUGAAGCUAUUGGGUGGGGACAGACGAGUGACAAUUCAGAACUCGCAGAUGAACUAAACUGGAUCCCAGUUACAACAGUUUCAAACGAAGAAUGCCGAAUAACAUAUGGAAAUCAACUAACAGAUGGUAUGGUUUGUAUAGUCGGAAGUUUCAACGAAGGUGCAUGUACAGGUGACACUGGAAGUCCGUUAGUGCAAUGGAUUCGAGGCGUUUAUUCCACACAUGUUGGCAUAUCCAGUUUUGUCAGUGCCAAUGGUUGCGAAAGUACUGACCCAUCCGGUUACACAAGAACUUAUCCCUAUCUUAGCUGGAUUAGAAAUGUAACCGGAACCUCACAAUAAGAAAUAUAAUACAUUUGAA